AAAAUUAUAGAUACACAAAUAAGUAACUGCUCACGAGAGAAAGGAGCACCAGAAACCAGCAAAGAUAAUCCGGGAAAGCUUGUGCUUAAAGUGAUGAUGGAAAACAUCUAAUGAGAAGUUCAUGAAUUUUUUUAUCAGAAAACCUAUCAAAGAUCGCAAAGAAUGGAGGGAACAGGAGGUGGUUCUACCGCUGUUGCUAAGAAGGGAGUGUUGGAGAAUUUCAUGUUAAAUCAUCAGAAUUCAUUGAAGUCUCUGUUUCAGCGCAAGAAGAAAUCCCAAUCUCCAUCUCAUUCACCGUUUAAUGAUGAAGACUCUCCUACAAUCUCUCCCAAACACAUCCCUCAGCUCUCUGCUAUUGCCAACUCUGUCAUCGCUCGCUGUUCCAAGAUACUUAAAAUCUCUACUGAAGAAUUGCAGCAUCGCUAUGACAUUGAGCUGCCUGAGAGUGUUAAGCAACUUUUGACAUAUGCGCUACAUUUUGUGGAGUUCUGCUCAUUCCAAACACUCAAUGUGAUGUGUAGAACUCCGGAUUAUUUGAGUGAUCCGAAUUUCCGCCGUUUAAUGUUUGACAUGAUGCUUGCAUGGGAGGCACCUAGUGUUGAGUGUGAAUCAGAUAAUAAAGAAUCCCCUUCUUCCAGCAAUCACGAAGAAGAGGAUGAGGAUGGGCCAUCGAUAUUUUCUUCAAGUUCCACAAAUAUGGCUGUUCAGGUUGAUGACAAUAAAACUGUUGGGCCAGAAGCUUUUGCACGUAUAGCUCCUGUUUGCGCGACUGUUGCAGAUGUAAUUACUGUUCACAAUCUUUUUGAAGCACUUACAACCUCUUCAGGCUUUCGUCUCCAUUUUAUCAUAUUUGAAAAGUAUCUUCGCAGCCUUGACAAGGUUAUUAAGUCUGCAAAAAGUGCAUUGGGGUCUUCAAUUGCCAAUCUCCAUCUAGCUGCCAACCUUCAGCUUGAUGAGGGGGAGAUCAUUCUUGAUGUUGAUGGUUCUGUUCCUACUCAACCAGUUCUUCAACAUAUUGGAAUAUCAGCCUGGCCUGGGCGGCUGAGUCUAACUAAUAAUGCUCUAUACUUUGAAUCGUUGGGAGUUGGUUUGUAUGACAAAGCUGUUAGAUAUGAUCUGGCGACUGACAUGAAGCAGGUCUUAAAACCUGAACUGACUGGACCACUGGGUGCACGUAUAUUUGAUAAAGCUGUGAUGUACAAGUCAACAGCAAUAGAAGAGCCUGUUUAUUUUGAGUUCCCUGAAUUUAAAGGCAAUUCUCGCCGUGACUAUUGGUUGGAUAUAUGUCUGGAGAUCCUGCGAGCACACAGGUUUAUUAGAAAAAACAACUUCAAUGACACUCAAAGAUUGGAAGUAAUAGCAAGGGCUAUGUUAGGCAUCUUCAGAUAUCGUGCAGUUAGGGAAGGUUUCCACAUCUUCUCAUCCCAGUACAAAACAUUACUUGCUUUUAAUCUUGCUGAAAGUCUACCGAGGGGGGAUAGAAUCUUGGAAACUUUGUCUAGUCGCUUGUCACUAUUGAAUGUUGGUGGUGCUCAACAUGAUAUGGCUGUGAGUCCACAGGCAAAACAAAAGCUGAAGCAAUUCCCAGUUGCUAUUUUGACACUGAGUCAACUUGGAUUCAUUUUGAAAACAGAGACAAGUCUUGAUUCAGAAGUGACAAUAAUUGGAGAUAUGUGUGUUGGAGAGACAAAUCCUUUGGAGAUAGCAGUGAAAAAGUCUGUAUUAGACACAGGAAGGGUUGAAGCUGCGCAGGCAACUGUGGACCAAGUGAAGGUGGAUGGAAUUGACACAAAUGUUGCAGUAAUGCAGGAAUUGUUGUUCCCCAUCAUUAAAAUAGCUACCUAUGUUCAACUUCUGGCCUGUUGGGAAGGCCAUUUUAAAUCAACAGUGUUUAUGGUGUUGACCUGCCUUGCUAUUUCAAGGGGAUGGAUCAGUUAUAUAUUGGCAUCUAUUUCAGUAUACCUGGCAGUUGUCAUGCUCUGGCGUAGGUAUUUUAACAGAGGAAAACCAUUAGGAGCCCUCAAAAUUACUCUACCCCCAACUAAGAAUGCAGUAGAACAGCUGCUGUCAUUACAGGAAGCCAUCACUAAAGUUGAAUCACUAAUUCAAGCUGGAAACAUUGUUCUUCUCAAAUUAAGAGCUUUACUAUUUGCUGUUCUUCCCCAGGCUACAGACAGAGUUGCUCUACUGCUGGUUUUCAUAGCUGUUGCCUUUGUAUUUGUGCCUUUGAGAUACAUGAUCAUGGUAGUGUUUCUAGAGGCUUACACAAGGGAGAUGCCAUAUAGGAAAGAAAGUAGUGAUAAGUGGCUAAGGCGGAUAAGAGAGUGGUGGUUCAGGAUUCCAGCAGCUCCUGUUCAGAUUGUUAAACCUGACGAUAAAAAGAAAAAGAGACGAUGAAUACUGCCAAUGAACAUUCAGUUGUAAACAACUAGUUACAGUUGAUAUCUCUUUAAUACUGAAUUGUUCUAUCAAUAUUCAGUGAUCCCCUUGUUUUGUCUA